UAUCAACACGGGUGCUUUUCUUCUCGUAACCCACAUAGAGACCGGCGCUUUGGAGGAGUUUGACGUGGCACUCUGCUUUCAUUGAAGGCAAUACACAGAGAAGAGGACUCUGCCCAACACACAGGUUGUCAAGACUCAUUCAUCCUGGCAUGAGAAGAUCGUAACAUGAGUCAACAGGGUUAUGUUGCUGCACCGCCAUACUCCCAGGCCCAGCCAGGGAUGGGGGGCUACCAAGGUGGAUUUGGGCCUGGUCCUGCACAGCCCCUCUACGGGCACUACGGGGGACCACCUCAGCGAAUGCCCGCUCCACCAACGGCUCUGAUGAAAUCCCCAGUUUCCUCUGCUGCUGGCAUGCCUCCACCACCGGUGUCCAGUCAGUACAAUCCAAAUGUCCAGCAGAAUGGUGCACACCCUCAAAGAUACCCUGCUGCACCAGCUGUUUCUGCCGCUUAUGGACAACCUUUGCAGUCCCCAUAUAAUAGCAUGGCCUCUACGGCUCCACCUCCAACACAGCAGCUCACCAAUCAGAUGACUGCUAUGAACUUGGGCAACUAUGCCCCUUCUCCAACAAGCUCCGUAAUGCAGCAGCCUUUCCAAACAUCCCCUCCUCCAGCAAUGGGCCAGCUACAGAUGUCUCCAGGCCAGCAGUCCCCCCACAUGUCCCCCCAGAUGUCUCCACCACUGUCACCUCCAGCAACCAUGCCAAUGGGAGGCCCCCCUAUGGGAGGCCAACCAAUGGCAGGCCAACCAAUGGCAGGCCAAAUGAUGGCAGGCCCACCUAUGGCAGGCCAACCAAUGGCAGGUCCACCUAUGGCAGGCCAAACAAUGGCCGGCCCACCAAUGGCAGGCAUGGGUGGCAGACCAUUCCCAGGAUCACCUCCUCCAGGCCCUGGAGGUUUCCAGCAGCCCGGUCCCGGACCUGUUGGUCCACCGGGAUAUCCACAGCAAGCAGGUCAGUUUGGGGGACAGAUGGUUGGGCCACAGCCAGGCAUGCCAGGGGGCUUCCCUGCAGGACCAGGCGGAAUGGCAGGGCCACCUCAGAAGAAACUGGACCCUGACUCUAUCCCCAGCACGACUCAAGUGAUUGAGGACGACCAAGCAAAACAUGGGGGGCAUGUCUACAACACAAACAUCAGAGGACAGGUCCCACCUCUGGUCACCACUGACUUUUCAGUAAACGACCAAGGCAAUGCCAGUCCCAGGUUCAUGCGCUGCACCACCUACUCGCUACCCUGCACCGCUGAUCUGGCCAAACAGUGUCAAGUGCCCCUGGCUUCCAUCAUUAAGCCAUUUGCCAAUUUGCCAAAGAAUGAGACUCCUCUAUAUGUCGUCAACCACGGUGAGACAGGUCCGAUCCGCUGCAAUCGAUGCAAGGCCUACAUGUGUCCCUACAUGCAGUUUAUUGAUGGAGGCCGUCGCUACCAGUGUGGCUUCUGCAACUGUGUCAACGAAGUGCCAGUCUUCUAUUUCCAACAUCUUGACCACAUGGGCCGUAGGGUGGACUUCUACGAGAGGCCUGAGCUGUCCCUGGGGUCCUACGAGUUUGUAGCCACCAUGGAAUACUGCAAGAACAACAAGCCGCCAAACCCUCCCGCCUACAUCUUUAUGAUUGAUGUGUCCUACAACAACAUUAAAAGUGGGCUGGUCAAACUGAUAUGUGAUGAGCUGAAGACUCUGCUGGAGAACCUGCCCAGAGAGGAUGGCAUGGAGAGCUCUGCGAUUAAGGUUGGAUUUGUCACCUACAACAAGGUCCUCCACUUCUACAACGUUAAGAGCGCUCUGGCCCAGCCCCAGAUGAUGGUGGUUUCAGAUACAGCUGAGAUGUUUGUGCCACUCCUUGAUGGCUUCCUCGUCAACUACCAGGAAUCGAGAGCCGUUAUCACCAACCUCCUGGACCAGAUCCCUGAUAUGUUUGCAGACACCAACGAGAGCGAAACGGUCUUUGCCCCUGUCAUCCAGGCCGGCGUGGAGGCAUUCAAGGCAGCAGAAUGCAGCGGAAAGCUCUUCAUCUUCCACUCCUCCAUGCCCACUGCUGAGGCUCCUGGCAAACUGAAGAACAGGGAUGACAAAAAGCUGGUCAGCACCGAGAAAGAGAAAACUCUGUUCCAGCCUCAGAAAGGAGUGUACGAGCAGCUGUCUAAGGACUGUGUGGCACAGGGCUGCAGUGUGGAUCUCUUCCUCUUCCCCAGCCAAUACGUGGACUUGGCAACCAUGGGCGAUGUGCCCUCGCACACCGGAGGCUCCGUCUACAAGUACAACAACUUCCAGGUGGAGGCCGACGGGGAGCAUUUCCUGAGAGACCUGCGGAAAGACGUGCAGAAGAGCAUCGGAUUCGAUGCCAUCAUGCGCGUUCGUACCAGCACAGGCUUCAGAGCUACAGACUUCUUCGGUGCCAUCCAUAUGAACAACACCACAGACAUAGAGAUGGCAGCUGUGGACUGCGACAGCGCUGUGACCGUAGAGCUGAAGCACGACGACACACUCAGUGAAGAGACCGGGGCACUCAUGCAGUGCGCCUUGCUGUACACCACCAUCAACGGGCAGCGACGUCUCCGCAUCCACAACCUCAGUCUGAACUGCAGCUCGCAGUUGUCGGAGCUGUACAAGAGCUGCGAGACCGACUCACUCAUCAACUUCUUUGCCAAAUCAGCUUACCGUGCCAUACUGAACCAGCCUCUGAAGAAUGUGAGGGAGAUCCUGGUCAACCAGACAGCUCACAUGUUGGCCUGCUACAGGAAGAACUGCGCCAGCCCCUCCGCUGCCAGCCAGCUGAUCCUGCCUGAUGCCAUGAAAGUCUUUCCAGUCUACAUGAACAGCCUCAUGAAAACGGCGCCCUUGGUUGGCAGCACAGAGCUCUCGACGGACGAAAGAGCCCAUCAAAGGCUGUCGGUCAUGGCCAUGGGGGUGGAGGCCACACAGCUGCUCCUCUACCCACGCCUCAUCCCACUGCACAACAUGGAUGUCAACAGCGAGGCCCUGCCUGCUCCGCUGCGUUGUUCGGAGGAGCGUCUGGCAGACUCCGGCAUGUUCCUGCUGGAGAACGGCCACUCCAUGUUUCUGUGGCUCGGCCAAGCGAGCCCGCCCGACCUCAUCCAGAGCAUCUUUAACCUGCCUUCCCUCGCCCACCUGCAAGGACACAUGUGUGCCCUGCCGGAGCUGGACAACCCGUUGUCAAAGAAGGUCCGAUCCAUUAUCAACGGCCUGCUUGAAAAGAGGCCGAACUCCAUGAAGCUCCAAAUUGUGAGGCAGAAGGACAAACCGGAGAUGUUGUUCCGUCAAUUCCUGGUGGAGGAUAAGGGCUUGCACGGUGGAGCCUCCUACAUGGACUUCCUUUGCUAUGUUCACCGAGAGAUCAGGCAGCUGCUCACUUAAAGCCCGAAGCUUGGCCUGGGAGAAACACGGCAUCUAAUGGACCAAUGCACAAAUCUCACAGGGUCAGUCUCACUUGGCUCCAUCUGAGUUCUUGAGGACGGUACAAAGAAAGAAACUUUUCUUUUUUUUUUUUAGAAAGUUGUUUUACAGAGAGACAGAGGAAGAAACCAGGGACCAGGAGCCUUUUGAGAUUUAACCUCGAGAGUCCAAAGCUGCCUUUCCAACACACUUUAGAAUACGCGCAGUAUGCUCUUCAAAUAACCACUUGUCAUUUGAAGAACGUCCAAGUUAAACUGGAAAAAAUGAAAUGGACAACACAUCCAGCAUUUCCCGUUCAGAUACUCGUGUGUGAUGGACUGUGGAGACUGGAAUGACAUCAGUGCCUCAGGCUGGAAUGCAUUCUGGCAUAUAGCCCACUGGCGUAAGCAAUACAGUAUCUAUCUCCACUGUGCAGUCAAUCGAGUAAAGCGUUUUUUCAUUUCACUUUGUAGAUUUAGUGUCCAGACAAGGGGUUAUUUGUGGGCUAUACUGUAGAUGUUCACUUUGGAACUCAAUAAAGCUUGCCAGUCUUUGUUAUACGUAACUUUCUCCCAUGAAGACAAUAUUUCUAAGGAGACUUAGUAACUCAUUUUGAAAUCGUCAUUCCUUUUCUUAAGAAAAGCUCCAAAUGAAUUGUGCAGUAUUUAAAUGACAUAUAACGGUUUCUACAUUUCACUUUUGCUGUCCUAGUGAAAACAUGUGCUAUAACGUUAAAGUGUACUUGAUAAUUUAGCAGAAACAAUGCUGAAAUAAAAGCCACUGCUGCCAGAGCUGAAAAUUAUUCCCGUCAUUACACCAUGACUGAUUCAAAGCAUUGGAUUCACACGUGCCCCCACCAAAAUCAGAUUCUUUGACCAUUUAUAGCAGAGAUUUGAUCCUCACAGAGCGCAGUGACGCAGAAAACGCUUUGUUUUGGUGUUCGAUGAAACGAACACAGCUGUUGCUCCACACAGAGAUGACAUGUAUCCUGAUGAAAAAUGAGUUGUUCUCCACCGAACGAGUCAGAAUUGGAACUAAAGAGGGAUGUUUCGAGUCAGGGUGAUUCAUUUUCAUAAAUCAGACAUGCCAAAUGUCCAGACUAUUUUCCACCAGAUCUAAAAGAAGUUAGUCCAAUAAACAUAACCUGCUAAAUCUGUCUGUAAUGAUAUGAAACAAUUCAGUCUUGAGUUUCAGCACCGCGCUAGCAUCAUCCUGUAUGGCAUCGCUUGUUUUUAAAAGGUAACUGCUUCUGUGUAAUUCAUGUACGCAUUUGCAUUUGUGCGAUUUUUGUGUAUGUGCAGCCUCCAAAAACUUUUUUGUACAUGAAAUACACAACUUACCAUUACAAAUAUUACCAUCUGCCUUAAGUUGAUAUUAUAGUUGUUAAAAAAAAAGUUAAAAUAUAUAUGUGCUAGAGGUUUAUGGGUGAUUUCAAUCUUUUUUGGUUUGUAUGCAAACUUAUCUCAGGUAAUUUGAGUACCAUACCAUUUUAAGUUGGAGUGAUUUCAAUUUAACUGGAAGAACACACGGUUGUUUCUUGGGUAGACUUUGUGUAAAUUCAUGGGCUUGGUGUGCCAUGUGUAUUUCAUUCCAAACCCUCAACAAAUUUUGUCUGAAUUAAAUUCUUGACAUAA